UUUUAGCUCCCCAGCUCCUCCUCUAUGAGUCAACCUGCUCUCCUUCCUUAUGACCCUCAGCAGUUUGACUGUUGUUGCCAUAUAUUCUCUCCAGCCUGUUUCCUCCACACAUCAGAGACAAAAUGGUGAGUAACUCUCACAGAGAGUUCGGCUCUGUUUGGUUUGUCGACUGUCAGCUUCUCUUUUGUGUUUCUGUGCCACUCCGGUUGUGUAAUCUACAAUUGCAGGAAAAUGCCUUUGCCUCAUUUUAACAUGUGUUAAAAGUGUUAACUCAGUGAAGCCUUGUUGUAAAUCUCUCUGAAGUGUACGGUUUUCACUUGGAGUCUCUUUUAGCGAGCUGUUCGCUGAGUGAAAAGCGAGUUGAGUGCUCAGUGACAGAGCUUGUUCAAGGUGUGGUUUUGCCUCCAAAAUGGAGGGAGCUUUGUCUGUGUGCUUCAAACUUGUUCUGAGACAAUCCCUCAGGGCGGUCUUUCUUGUGCUGACUUGUUCCACAAUGACUGGAAUGUGACACAGCCGAGGCCUGGAGAAUCACAGGGAAGCUACACCCAGGGCAUGUUCCUGCUUUAGAGAUGGCAGAGAAGGAGCACAUUUGAGCACUUUAACGUGUCUCUGCACAACCUAGUUUUCAACAACUUCCUGUUUCUUCAUUCUCCAGUUCUGCUUUCUGUCACAAAACACAAAAAGUGCAGAAGAGCAACGUCUGCACAGGCAGAGACUCGGGCACUUUCAGACUGCUCACACUGUGUUGCUGUAUAUUCAGUGAAACACUCAGCAGAUGAAUUAAACUCCCCGGACCACACACGGAGUCUCUGCAGAAAAGAGCUGCUUGAAUUAAGAUCCUUGCUAAUGUCAUUAAAGAUAUAUUUACUCUGAAACUAUGAAUGCAUGUCCAGUCUUAUGUAAGUCAAACUGGGUGGUUCGUAGACACACUUACAAGUCUUAAGCUCAAACAUGUCAGGUAAAUAUCUCCCAAAAGCAGCUCUGUUCAAAUGCCAACAAGACAUGAUGCGUCUGUAGUUUUGUCUUCGUCCUCUGUGUCUCACCUGAUGCUGACGGUUUUCUUUUGUCUCUUCUUUAAACAGUCUGGAAUUCAGGUCACUGACAAUGUUAAGGACAUCAUCUCGAGAAUGAAGGUGAAAAGGUGUGAUGAUGAUGUAAACAAACGUUUAAGAAUCAUCACGUUCACCAUCCAGAACGAUAUAAUCGAUGUGGACAAGUGUUUCUGUCAAGAAGAGUUCGAAACAGAAGAUCCUUUCCAAAAACUCACCAAGCUGAUGACGGACGAUACCUGUUUCUAUGCCCUGUACGACUGCCACUUCGAAACCAAGGAGGGAAGCAAAAAAGAGGAGUUGAUCUUUGUGACGUGGUAGGUCUCUAUUUAUCUAUCUGAAUCCUCAACGUACUGUAGACUGUAGAAAAGAGCUCCUGAUAGAAUCGAGAAAUUAUUGCAGGGUGUGAAGAGUUGUUCAAAUCCAGAGAUGGAUUUUUUUUCAAUGACUUCUCUCCCUUCUAGGAUUCCUGACGGCAUAAAGAUCAAGUUAAGGAUGUCAUACGCCUCUUCGAAAAACGCCAUCAAGAACUUGAUGAAGGGUACGGUUUUAUUGUCAAGCAUUUCACGCGCACCCUGAUACGACUUUGACGGUUGAACGCUGAUUCCUCUUUGUUAAAUUGCUCUUGUCUCCCACAGGUGUCAAGCACGACUUUCAGGUGAACGACAGAGCAGAUUUUUGUAGCAGGCUUAUUUUGGCCGACUGUCUGGAAAAAAGCGCACCACCUGUGAAGAUGAUCGAGGGCAAAUGCUUGUCAGAUUGAGUGGUCGACUAACCAACCAAAUCAAAGUCUUUCUUUGUUGUAUCACAAGGUCAAUUUAGAGGGAGAUGAGAGAAGGAUUUCCAUGUUUGCAGAGGACUUUGUUUUUUUGGGAUGGGUUCGAAAGCUGACAGGGAAAGAUUUCUCAGUGGUGUUCAAAUGCAUUGUUUUUCAUCCUAUCUGUACUACAAUGUUAGUUAUAUGCGAAACUUGACUCCUUGUACAUCUUCAAAUUCAUCAUCUCCUGUUUUUAUGUAGCUUAAAGCUCCUGUAAUGAACUCUUGGUUUUUGUUGAGUUUGCCGCCUCCUGUAGACAAAGUGGGUUUAUCCCAUUUUGCCCUCGACAUUUAAUGCAUCUUGACAAAAAUCUCAUCCUACCCUGUCCUAACUAAAACAUGUAUCACUUAUUAAAUUUAUUUUGGGCUAAGGCAGCUUGAAGUCUGACACCUACCCCCCACCAGUGGGUCCAUUCAUUAAAAAUCACUUCACAGAAACAGUCACUCCUUUUGUUGAUAGUCUUGUUUGUCUUUAUAAGUCAGAAAUAGACAUCUGUGUUAAAUUUAAAAACAACAACAAAAAUAAAAUCAUUGCAGGAGCUUUAAAAUACAUAUAGAGUCCCGGCUUUAUGCACCUUUAUCUUAUGGUAUUAACAGGUUAAUAAAGACGGAAAUCAAGUCUUUUUAUUGUAUGUAGAACAAAAUCACCAGGCCUGUAAGAUUUAGUAUAACAGUUUAGGAAAACGGAUUUAUCUCAAACGAACACCUGCUGGAAAAUGUUCAACUUUUACAAAGUCAUGUUUCACUGAGAAUGCAGCAGUCGUUGCACUGUGUUAUGAAAUAAACUCAAUGCAAUCUAAUGUGCCGUCUUUUUUUCCAGCUGAAAUUGAAUAAUGUUGGUAUUUAUGUGUGAAAAUAGGAUAGUGUUGGUGACCUGAUGUGGUGAAGUCCAAAUUUAUCCUUGUUUUUAUGCCUUUCUGCAUUUCCUAAAAUCAAAAUUUGGUAAAAAAAAAAAACCACAAUAUUUUCAUCUCGGGUUUCAAACAUCUGUUCCACUCCGUUCCUCUAAUAGUAAAGUCGACAACAUCUAGCUCACACUAAAUACGGU